UAGUCAACAAUCACAUGGUCAGUACACAGGUUUCUUGGAGGGGGACCUAGCAAUGGUCCCCACUAGGCUGACCUAAUUAUUGCUUAAAGAAAUUUUAAAGGUGAAAGAAAUGGGAAGCAGCCUAAACAAGCAGAUAGAAAGAAGCAGCCACCUUGUUCAUCUAUUUAUAGACUUGAAAUUAGUCAGUUGGCUACCCCAACAUUCAUACAAAUGGCUUCUGAAAAGGUUGAAACUGUUAUUGCUGGAAAUUAUUUAGAAAUGGAAAGAGGAGAGGGGGAUUCUAAUUCUGCUAAGAGUAAAUUCUCAAAGCUGUUUUGGCAUGGAGGCUCGGUCUAUGAUGCAUGGUUUAGCUGUGCUUCUAAUCAGGUUGCCCAAGUGCUACUUACACUGCCAUAUUCAUUCUCACAACUGGGAAUGAUAUCUGGAAUCAUAUUUCAACUGUUUUAUGGAUUGAUGGGAAGCUGGACUGCUUACCUCAUCAGUGUGCUUUAUGUUGAGUACAGAACAAGGAAGGAAAGAGAAAAGGUUGACUUCAGGAAUCAUGUAAUUCAGUGGUUUGAAGUCCUUGAUGGGUUGUUGGGGAAACAUUGGAGGAAUGUUGGACUCUUUUUCAACUGUACUUUCCUUCUCUUUGGAUCUGUGAUUCAGUUAAUUGCCUGUGCAAGCAACAUCUACUACAUAAACGACAAUCUCGACAAGAGAACUUGGACGUAUAUCUUCGGUGCCUGCUGUGCCACAACUGUGUUCAUACCUUCAUUCCAUAACUACAGAAUCUGGUCAUUUUUGGGCCUUAUGAUGACUUCUUACACUGCAUGGUAUCUCACCAUUGCUUCACUUGUCCAUGGACAGGUUGAGGGAGUAAAGCACUCAGGACCAACCACCUUAGUUCUGUACUUCACUGGAGCUACCAACAUUCUCUACACCUUUGGUGGCCAUGCUGUGACAGUGGAGAUUAUGCAUGCAAUGUGGAAGCCCCAAAAGUUCAAGCUAAUAUACUUGAUUGCAACACUUUAUGUCUUGACCCUUACUUUACCAUCAGCUUCUGCUGUUUAUUGGGCUUUUGGAGAUUUGCUUCUCACCCAUGCCAAUGCCUUGUCAUUGCUGCCAAGGACUGGAUUCCGAGAUACUGCUGUCAUCCUCAUGCUAAUUCAUCAGUUCAUAACAUUUGGAUUUGCCUGCACUCCUCUGUAUUUUGUGUGGGAGAAAUGCAUUGGGGUACAUGAAACAAAGAGUGUGUUCAUGAGAGCACUGGUCAGACUCCCAGUGGUGAUUCCAAUCUGGUUCCUAGCUAUCAUCUUUCCUUUCUUUGGCCCUAUCAACUCUACUGUAGGAUCUCUCCUUGUCAGCUUCACGGUAUACAUAAUUCCUGCAUUAGCACACAUGGUAACUUUUGCCCCAGCAGUAGCCCGAGAGAAUGCAGUGGAAAGACCACCAUCUUUUCUAGGAGGUUGGGCAGGGAUGUACUCCAUGAAUGCCUUUGUGGUGGUAUGGGUUUUCGUUGUGGGAUUUGGUUUUGGAGGAUGGGCAAGCAUGCUCAAUUUCAUCCACCAAGUUGAUUCAUUUGGUCUGUUCACCAAGUGCUAUCAGUGCCCCAAACACAAGCCUUAAUUAAUCAAUACAGGAAGUAACAUACGAUUUAGAUACAUUUCCAAAGUGUGUAUAAAGGUUGGCAUUUGUAAGUUCUUAUGUAAGAGUUCUCUCAGUUGGGUUUUCAUGUGAGGUGUGAUGACAAUGAUGGCCACACUUCAUACAGACCUACUACAGUUGUAACUUUGUGUGUUGCUUCUUCAUUUCAAAUUCCCUUGGUUUUUGUGGGAUUUGCCUUUACUCUUCCACAUGCCAUCUUUUUAAAAUAAUCAAAUAUUAGAUUUCUU